CCUCUAAGCCGGAAGUCGCUCGCAGAACUUGCGUAGAGCCGCUUUAUUAACGGCUAGGUUAGAGCAUCUCAGUCCAGCGGGUGCUAAGUAAAAAGUCAGCAGUUGCUCAUCGGACAUGGCGCUGAACAGGAACCAUUCGGAGGGAGGCGGCGUCAUUAUCAAUAACAGCGAAAGCAUCUUGAUGAAUUACGAGCACAUUGAAAUGACAUUCCAUGAUAUGGAACAUAUGCCAGAGGCAUUUAAAGGGACCAAGAAAGGCAGUGUCUUCAUGACUCCGUAUCGAGUUAUUUUUGUAUCUAAGGGAAAAGAUGCAAUGCAGUCUUUCAUGAUGCCCUUUUAUUUAAUGAAAGAAUGUGAAAUUAAGCAACCCGUGUUUGGAGCAAAUUACAUCAAAUGCAUUGUAAAAGCAGAGGCAGGAGGUGGUUGGGAAGGAUCCGCAACGUUCAAAAUGACAUUCUCAGCUGGAGGUGCCAUUGAGUUUGGACAGCGUAUGUUGCAAGUAGCAUCUCAAGCUUCAAGAGGGGAAGUUCCCAAUGGAGCCUAUGGUUACUCAUACAUGCCAAAUGGGGGCUAUACCUUCCCACCACUUGCUACCAAUGGAAUGUAUCCUCCUCCUCCUUCAGGAUACCCUUAUCCACCACCACCACCUGAAUUGUAUCCUGGUCCACCAGUGGAUGGUGCUAUGGGAUACAUGCAGCUUCCACCUCCUCCCUAUCCUGGGCCUAUGGAACCACCUGCUGCUGGCCCAGAUCUUCCCACCACUCCAGCAGCUGAAGCUAAGGCUGCAGAAGCUGCUGCCAGUGCAUAUUACAACCCAGGGAACCCUCAUAAUGUCUACAUGCCCAUGGACCAGCCUCCUCCACCUCCUUACUUUCCUCCAGAGGACAAGAAAACCCAGUAGAGAAACAUCAUCACACGUUGCAUCUUUUAUUGCCAUAUGGCUAAAUAUUGAUUAGGGAUAUGACAGCGAUAAGAGCCGCCUUGUCUCCCCCCCCCAGUACAUGUAUCUGUCAUGGAUAGAAAUGAUAGAUAUAUGGGCCAGUAGGAAAGUGUUUCUAACAUUUUUCUGGAUUGAUAAUGCACAGACACUUAAUAUUUCGUUCUCCUCUGUAUGAUAUAAUGAAGAAUUCUUUUCCCCAUCCCACAUUUUAAUUGCCCCAGAGAACAUUCUUUCUUGAAGAAAGACUACUUCAGUUGAAACUCAUCAGCAGCUAUUGAAUUUAGUAGGUGUUGAUAUUUUAGGUGCUCAUUCACCGUGAAGCUUCAGAAGAAAAUUAUCUCUGUGAUCUUUUGAUUGGUUCUUCGUUGCAUGAACCCUGCCAUCCUGUGAUUAAAGAAGUUCACUGAUCUUCUGACAAAUUUAACAGCAUGUAUUAGACAUUUGAUUCUACUUGGACAAUGGAAUUUUCUGCCAUUUCUUCUACAAGAUGCAUGUAUGGUGGCACAAAUGCUUCACACUAUGGACAGUCUUGUCUAUUCCUUUAAUACCUUGGCUCUUUCAGUUUUACAGUGACAAAGUGGUGGCUGCGUAGUUUUAGCCAGGAAAGCAUCUUUACCUCUAUAGUUAACAGGGUAGUUGAUUUGACCAAAUGGCUGAUCAUCCUAGUAGUAGGUGAUACGGUUUCUAAGAAAGAAAAUAGUCAUAUAUAAGCUUAUUUAUGUAUUUAAUUUAUUAUUGCCUAGAUAUUGUUUCUUUUAUUUUGAGUGUAUUGCAGCUUGAAGGAACAGAUUUUUUUUUUAUUGUUUUCAGCCAUCACUCACUGAUGUGGUGAACAUCAGAUUAUCUUUCAGUUCAAUAACUCUUUGGUUUAACUUGACAAAUUCAAAGGCUUUGCUAAAAAAAAAGUCAAAGGGUUUGUGCAUUUCCUCUUUCCUCAAGUACAAUUCUUAUCAGUAAAAUGUCAUACACAAAUCACAAUAAGGCAAAAUUCUUUUCUGGAAACAAAAUGGGGGGGGGAAGGGAAGAGGUAGGAUUUUAGGAAUUCUCUAUGGCAGUAGGUCUUUAGAUGUAUGGCUUCCAAACAUUUUGGAAACUUAUCAGAAAACUUGAAAUCCUAGUGCUGGCAUCCCCUCAUCCGUCUGAAUCAAUGAAAAUCUACAUUGAAUCUGAUUUAAUGCUGAAAUGAAAUAGAUUCAAAACUAUUUAAAACUACUGUCCUUGAUAAUAAAAAAAAAUUGAAAUUGCCAUUUCCAGUACUGCCAAUAUUUUCGCUGUUGGCUUCAGUCCAAGUUCUACAGUAUGUAGUGCUUGAAGCAGCACCGGUUAUUUCCAACUUUGGGCGCAUCUCUGCUCUCUGCUGCUCGACAGUAGAUACAAACUGCUUCCUGACUUUUGCUCCAGAUUGUCCUGGGGCAAAACACAGCAUAUGGUAAAGAGAGCAUGGCCGAAUAGGAUGAUCUUAUUGCAUGCUUCUGCAAUGCUUAGUUUUUGCUUCCCUGACUUAGCACAAAUAUUUUGCUAUUAAAAUUUGUGAACAAGCAAA